AUGAACCAAUUGAGUAAAUGGAAGUGCGGAAGGCGAAUAAUUCAUAUUAAAACGAGAUAUUUAACAACACAGUCAGAAAAUAAUUGGUUAUCGUUCCCAUUCCAAAUUGGGUAUCCAUAUCUCAGUCCCGAGUUGCAGAAGGAGAAGGAUGAGAUACAUCGUAAACUAUUUCCAGAAGUAGAUCCCAACACAAAUGUUGAUGUGGAUAUGCUUUCGAUAUCAGAAAGACUUGAAUACGAACGAAGUAAAAUCAAAUAUUCAUAUCCUAAACCGGAAAGGUUAACAGGAUUUGCAUUGUUUAAGCUGCAAUAUUCUACUACUCAUUUCGAUCCAAAUGCCAUAUGGAAUAAACUCCCACAAGAGAGUCAGUUAUUAUUUGAUCAUAGUCCUAAUCUUGAUAGACUACAUCAAGAGAAUAUAAGAGUAUGGCAGGGAUAUGAAGUAGUUGAUUAUCUCAAACGUACCCUGUCUAAACAUGAUUUUAAUCCAUACCCAUUUCUGGGACUAUAUCCUUGGGAGAUUGUGAAGGAUAAGUUAAGAGAUAGAGUUCAUCAUGAACAUAAGAUUGAAGCUUUUGAAUUGGACUAUUAUGAUAAGUUGAUAGACGAAGCUUUCGAUACUAGCACUAGAUCAGCAGAAUCAAUAUUUCAUACACAACUACAAGCACAAGAUCCCCAUCAAUUACAUAAACCUGAGGAAAUUACAAAAUUGUACAAUUCUUUACGAUCAGAGGAGAAACAGAUAUAUGAAGAUAUGGCUAAUAGGCAUUUUGAGCAUCUUCUAUCAUGGUCAGUAAUUGAAUUUUACAACCAGGCACGCUUUCGAAAAUUUUGGAAUGAUUUCAUGUACAAUACGACAAUUGAAAAGAGACCACUACUUGAAGCUUUGAAAGAAUGGAAAUCUAUGUCUGAUAAUGAAAGGAAACAGUAUAAUAAAGCGUCUCGUGAAAGAAUAGACAAAGAAGGACCCUUAGAUAUUCAGACUGCCAUGGUCAUGGAUUAUAUUUAUUACGUUGGAGGAGUAGAAGGUGUUCAAGACUAUCAUUGGUUUCCUGAUAUGAUCCAAUCUACUCCAAGAUUUUUAUACCUCAGUAAAUGUUAUACAGAAACUAAGUCGACUUGGUAG